AUGAAUUCAGAAUCAAAGAUUUGGGAAACCUCAAAUUUUUUUCUUGGUUUUAAAGUUGCUAGAUCACAGCGGGGUCUUAUUCUGAACCAGAGAAAAUAUUGUUUGGACAUUUUGGCCGAAUUUGGUUUCACCGGUUGCAAGCCUGCCAAUUCCCCUUCGAAUCCUACUGUUAAACUCAAGGAUGAUGAAGGUGAUCUUGUUCAAGAUCCUACUGCUUACAGGAGAUUAAUUGGUAAAUUGCAGUAUUUAACAAACACUCGUCCUGACAUUUCCUUUGCUGUUCAGCAAGUUAGUCAGUUCAUGUCCAAGCCCAGAUACUCUCAUCUAAAUGCUGCGUUCAGGAUCUUGAAAUAUCUCAAAGGAUGUCCCGGCUUAGGUCUUUUCUAUCCUUCUGCUAAUCCUCACAGAAUUCAGGCCUUUUCUGAUUCAGAUUGGGCUAAUUGUUGUAUGACUAGAAAAUCCACUACUGGUUACUGUGUCUUCUAUUGGUUAAAGUAUGUUGCUGAUGAUUUGUGUCUCCAAAUUCCACUCCCAUUUCCCACUUUUUGUGAUAAUCAGUCUGCCAUUCAGCUGGCUAAGAAUCCAUCCUUUCAUGAACGAACCAAACACAUUGAGGUGGAUUGUCAUCUUAUUCGUGCUAAGAUUAUUGAUGGGCUCAUUGUUCUUUCUCAUGUUCCUUCGAAGCAUCAAUUGGCAGACAUGUUCACCAAGCCACUUUAUCCCGGGCCUUUCAAUGUUAAUUUGUCCAAGAUGGGCUUGCUGAAUAUUCACCACCCAUCUUGA